GAGAAGAUUCUGCUAGAGAUCCUAGAUGCUAGAGGUACCAGAUCAGGAGGAACUAGUUCUGACUAUAUUUGGUGGCAGAACAAGGUAAAACAUCUGAAUCAGGUAUCAAAACCAGGAGAGAAAAAGGAACAUUUACAGGACCACAGAGGAGGACAGAGCAUCAUCUCCAGUACUCCAUUGUUUCUCUCUAAAUACUGACAUGUCUAAAGAUCAUCCUACAGUCUUCAGUAAUGAUCCUGGACAACCAGGGCCAAAAGUUUCACACUGGGAGAAACAGGGGAAUAUCUGGAGGAAGGUGGAAAGGGAAGGAGCAGGGUCUCCGUCGCCCUGCAAUGUUAACCAUUCAAAACCUCUUCCUGUACAACCCAGUAAUUAUCCUGACCCAAGAGAUCUAAGAUGGAGGAAGAGGAGCAAUGCAGAGUGUGGAGAAAGACUUAGAAACAGAGCUGGACCGCCAGAAAACAACCAGAGCAGCUGUUUGGCAGAGGAAAAGCUGUUUGAUGUCCGACCAGAGUUCGUAAACAGGGUUGCUUCAGAUGUCCUGACUCAGCUCCUUGAAAGCCUUCAAAGAGAUCGUGUUUUUACUUCUUCGGAGAAACAGAGAAUACUUGAAAUGAACCCAGUCACAGCAGACAAGGCCCGCUGCAUUAUAGAUAAUGUGAUGAAAAAGGGAGAGGAAGCCAGCAAAACGAUGAUCCAACAUCUUCAGCUCAUAGAUCCUAAACUGUCCUAUCAGCUGUGUUUGUCCUCUUCUUCUUCUGCUCAGCCAGAUGUUAAUAGUCGAUGUCAACAUGACCUUAGAGUGUCUCUGAAGAAGAAGUUUGAAUGUGUCUAUGAAGGCAUUGCUAAAGCUGGAGAGGAAACCUUUCUUAAUGAAAUCUACACAGAGCUGUACAUCACAAAAGGAAAGAGUAGAGAAGUCAAUGAUGAACAUGAGGUCAGGAUGAUUGAAGCAAUAUCCUGGAAAAAAAACAGACCAGAAACAGCAAUCAGGCCAGAAGACAUCUUCAAUCCAUUUGGAAGAAGGGAUCGGAUCAGAACUGUGAUGACAAUGGGUGUGGCUGGCAUCGGGAAAACGAUCUUAACACAGAAGUUCACUCUGGACUGGGCUGAAGGCAGAACCAACCAGAACAUCCAGUUCAUAUUUCCAUUCAACUUCAGACAGUUGAAUGUUCUAAAAGAGGAAAAGUUCAGCCUAGUGGGACUGAUUCAUAAACACUUUAAGCCGGUUAGGGAUGCAGGGAUUUGCAGCUUUGAACAAUUCCAGAUUCUGUUCAUCUUAGACGGUCUCGAUGAGAGUCGACUUCUUCUGGACUUCAAGAACAACGUGACUCUGAAUGAUGUGACAGAGUCCACCUCAGUGGAUGUUCUGCUGACUAACCUCAUCAGGGGGGAACUGCUUCCCUCGGCUCUCCUCUGGAUAACCACGCGACCUGCAGCAGCCAGUCAGAUCCCUCCUGAGUGUGUUCGCAUGGUGACAGAGGUCAGAGGUUUCACUGAUCCACAGAAGGAGGAGUACUUCAAGAAGAGGUUCAAAGAUGAAGAGAAGGUCAGCCGGAUCAUCUCCCAUGUUAAGAGAUUAAAAAGUCUCUUCAUUAUGUGUCACAUCCCAGUCUUCUGCUGGAUCACUGCUGAUGUUCUGGAGGGUCUGUUAGAGACCAGAGAUGGAGGAGAUCUGCCCAAGACCCUGACUGAGAUGUACAUCCGCUUCCUGAUGAUUCAGAGUAAAAAGAAGGAAGAAAAGUAUCUUAGAGGAGCUGGAAAAGAUUCAGACAUCAGGAAGAUGCUUCAGUCUCUUGGAAAACUGGCAUUUAAGCAUCUGCUGAAAGGAAACCUGAUCUUCUAUAAACAAGACCUGGAAAAGUGUGGCAUCAACAUCAAAGAUGCUUCUUGUUUCUCAGGAGUGUUCAAUGAAAUCUUUAAAAAGGAGAAAGGGAUGGACGACACCUCAGUCUACUGCUUUGUUCAUCUGAGCUUCCAGGAGUUUCUGGCUGCAGCCUACAUGCUCCAGUGCUUCACCAGCAGAAAUACAAAAAAACUCAGGAAGUUCUUUGGGUAUUUAUACAUCUGCCCAUCUCUGGAGGAUUUCCUGAAGAGAGUCAUGGAGAAAUCCCUCAGCAGUAAAAAUGGCCACCUGGACCUGUUAGCUCGCUUCCUUCAUGGCCUCUCAGUGGAGUCCAACCAGAGCCUCUUAGGAGGCCUGCUGGGUUGGAGAAAAAACAGUGCAGGAACCACACAGAGGGUCAUAAACAAUCUGAAGAAGAUGAACACUGAUAUGAUCUCUCCUGAUAGAAGCAUCAACAUUUUCCAGUGUCUAAUGGAGAUGCAGGACCUCUCAGUUUAUCAGGAGAUCCAACAAUUCGUAAAAUCGGGGAAGGAGCUCUCAGAGAUCCAGUGCUCAGCUCUGGCCUACAUGCUGCAAAUGUCAGAUGAGGUAUUGCAUGAGUUGGACCUGAAGAAGUACAACACAUCAGAUGAUGGACGACGUAGACUGGUUCCAGCUGUGAGGAACUGCAGAAAGGCUCGGUGA